AUGAGCUUCUUCACAGCCAUCAUCGGCUUCUUGGCCCCCCUCAUGAUCGCGUUGUCACCGGUGCUGUCCUACGGCGACCAGGCCCUCGCGAUGCACCGCAACAAGUCGAGCGCCGGCUUCUCGCUCGACAUCCCGCUGAUUAUGCUCAUCGCGUCCUUUCUUCGCAUCUUUUACUGGCCCGGCGCGCGAUACGAUACGAGUCUACUUGUCCAGUCCGUCAUCAUGGUCGGCAUGCAGCUUGCCCUACUCAAAAUCGCCCUCGACAACCGCCCGAGCCCCUCCUCCAAGGGAGGCGAGUCCAGCCAGCCCUUUAACGGCAUGCAGGCCAACGAAAAGGGCUUCGUCGAGUCCAUCAUGAACUUUGAGCGCCCUUACAACUUUUGGCAGUGGAAGGCGGAUAAGCCGUACUGGCACUUUCUCAUGUACUUUGCACUCGCCCUCUGCGUCCUCCAGCUCCUUUUCGCCCCGAUCCACUCCUUCUAUGGCUUCUACUCCGAAAUGAUCGGCGUUAUCGGCCUCUCAGUCGAGGCCACCCUGCCGCUGCCGCAAAUCGUCGCCAACAUUCAAACCCGCGCCUGCAAGGGCUUCCGCCUCUCCAUUCUCGCCAGCUGGCUCAUCGGUGACGCCAUGAAGAUGAUUUGGUUCUUCACCUCGGCGUCUGAAAUCCCGUGGGCCUUCAAGGUCUGCGGCAUCUUCCAAGCCAGCUGCGACUCCCUCCUCGGCCUGCAAUACUUCUUCUUCGAGACCCAGGCUGGCGCGCAGCUGCUCCAGUCGACCCCGUUCGGCGCCAGCAUCACCGGCCACCACGGUGGCCAAUAUCACCAGAUGCAGCCGAUGCAGGAGAACAGCUGGGAACACAACGACCACCACAACGACCACCAGCCCGAGUACAAGCCCUCCAUGCACGCCCCCACGAGAAGCCUCACCCCUACGAGACGGCCUGCGCCCUUUAGCGACGACGAUGCGGAAUAG